CUUGCGCUCUAUAAAUCUACACCGCCAACUUACACGAUUAUUCCUCUCCUUCAAACCGAAAUUGAACCAUUUUUGUGCUGUGCAUUUUUCUCCGAAUUGAUAAAAUGCAGGUGACCACAGCACUAUCGCUCUCCCCCAGCUUCAGCAGCUACUGCAAAGUCGCCGAAAUCGCAGCUCGAACAGCCGAUGAAUUUUCCGACGAGAGGAAAAAUUGCGAUGAAAAUGAGGAAGAAUUUGAGUUCUCGAUGACGGCGAGGAAUUCAAAGUUGCAGUCGCAGACUUCCGCCGGCGACAUUUUCCACAACGGUGAGAUCCGUCCGGUUUACUCUGUCUUCAAUCGAGAUUUUUCACUCGGACGCGUCGCAAUUAAGAAUGAAAUCGGAAUUAAAAAUAGCGUCCGCGAUUCGGUUUCUCCGAAGAUCCGGCUUCCGCUGAGGAAGCUGUUUCUAGAGGAGAGGGAAACGACGAUUGCGAUGUCGUCGAGCUCGUCGGAGGAUGCGGACGAGAUCGACGGCGUAGCGGCGGUGACCUACUGCGUUUGGCCGCCGAAGGCGGAGGAAGAAGGGCGGUGCAAUAAGAGCAGCUCGGCCGGGUGCAAUUCGAAGAGAUGGAAGCUGAAAGAUUUUCUGCACAGGAGCCACAGCCAUGGAAGUGAGAAGGAUUUCGUCGAAUUGCAGGAAAUUGAAAACAAAUCUGGCGGGAAAGUGGAAGUGGUGGCGCCGCCGUAUAAUUUGAACGGCGGAGAGAAGGAGAGAUCGUAUUUGGGCCUCUUCGGUGAUGUAAAUGCGUUGAGAAGAAAUUUGGAGUCAUUUUGAGAUUUCUGAAUUUAAAAUGUCAUUUUGUUACAGUAUUUAUUUAUUUUUGGAUUUUGGCUUGUAUUUGCUACUUUUGUUGUGUUUUUGCUUCUUUUUAAUGUAAUUAU